CAAAAGUUCACGCUCUGCUGUGCGGAACGCAGCAGCCAUGGCUUUACUUUAUGAUUUGGGACAGCUGCCAAAUGAGUUGCUUCUCAUCUGGCACACUCAUCGAGUCGCUCUCCUCCUCUCUGCUGUCGCACUAGUAACCGUUGUGCGCCUCGCGAUAUAUCUACGCGGUCAAAGAGAGAAAGUCUCCGUGUCCCCGGCGCCCGCCUCGCCUGUGGAAAAGAAACUUGUCGAGCUGAGACCUGAAUGGCUUCCUGAAAACACGACGCUCAAUGUCUCGAACUUGAACUUGGACGACCAUGCCGAGGAAGACGCGAUCGCGGUGGCUACAAUUGUAAAGGCAAAGAAAGGUCCAAAGACCGUGAAGGGCAAGAAGAUUUCAAAGAAAAUCGCAACACCAGCUCCAAGCUUUGAUCAUAAGACAGACAAGAUCCAGCCUUUGGUCUUCUUUCAGUCUCUCUCAGGGACAACGGAGCGCUUCGCUGCGCAAUUCGCGAAGGUUCUCACCGAGUGGACAACGGGAUGCGAGCAGUCUGCCUCCUUCCUCGAACCACAAACAUUCGAUCUUUCGUAUACUGAGUUCGACGACUACUUCCUCAGCCCGCCGAAAGCUGAGCCAAAUGUCAAGCACUUCUACUUCAUCCUCCUACCGACCUACAACAUCGACACCGUUCUAAGCAUCUUCCUCGAGAGCUUGCAAGAAACGCACAACGACUUCAGAAUUGAUACGGCGCCAUUGAGUGGACUGCUUGGAUAUUCUGUGUUUGGCUUUGGAGACAAGGAGGGAUGGCCCACAGAAGAGGAUGGCUUUUGUAGCCAAGCCAGGGAAGUGGACAGAUGGAUGGCAAGGCUGACAGGGAGAAAACGAGCAUACCCCCUAGGCAUGGGCGAUGUCAAGGCAGACGCUGAUGCACGUCUACAAGAGUGGCGGACAGGCGUUCAAGAAGCGCUUGUGGAGAUCGCAGAAGGACGAGGUCUGGGUGAGGGUGUACGUGGCAGUGGAGACGCAGCAGAAAGUGACGAGGAAGACAUAGACGACGCAGAGGACUCUAAUGGCCAGACGACACGAGUCGACGACGUUGAAGAUCUAGGCUCCAUGGUGACCUCCUCCUCGACAGCAAUUCCCGUCGACUUCACCACCUACAAAUCUGCACCAAAGUCUAAAUCCACCACCGGCCCCAAAGAGAUGGUACCCACUACAUCCCCAACCUACGCUUCCCUCACGAAACAAGGCUACUCCAUAAUCGGCUCCCAUUCGGGCGUGAAAAUCUGCCGUUGGACCAAGUCCGCACUUCGAGGUCGCGGCUCCUGCUACAAAUACUCCUUCUACGGCAUUCAGUCACAUCUCUGCAUGGAAGCCACGCCAUCCCUCUCUUGCUCGAACAAAUGCGUUUUCUGCUGGCGCCAUGGCACAAAUCCGGUGGGCACAACCUGGCGCUGGAUAACCGACGCACCAGACCUGAUAUUCGACGGUAUAACCGCCGCGCACUACAAGAAGAUCAAGAUGAUGAAAGGUGUACCUGGCGUACGCGCUGAGCGCUUCGCAGAAGCCAUGCGCAUCCGACACUGCGCACUGAGUCUCGUCGGCGAGCCAAUCUUCUACCCACACAUCAACGAGCUGCUAGAAAUCAUGCACAAGUCGCGCAUCUCCACCUUCCUCGUCUGCAACGCGCAGCACCCCGCCCAACUCGCCGCCCUCGUCCCCGUCACACAACUCUACGUCUCAAUCGACGCCUCCAACAAAGAGUCCCUGCGCAAAAUCGACCGCCCGCUACACAGAGACUUCUGGGAGCGUUUCUGCGCCUGCCUCGACAUCCUGCGCAACAGGCGCUUCGAGCAGCGCACCGUCUUCCGCCUCACCCUCGUCAAGGGCUUCAACAUGGCAGAGGAAGUAGCCGGCUACGCCGAUCUCGUCGAGCGCGCCCUCCCCUGCUUCGUCGAGGUAAAAGGCGUCACGUACUGCGGGACAAGCGCCGCGGGCUCCGCAGGCCUCACAAUGCAAAACGUGCCCUUCUACGAAGAAGUCGCAGAGUUCGUCACGCAUCUCGAGAAGGAACUCGCUUCCCGCGGCCUGACGUACGGUAUUGGCGCUGAACACGCACACUCGUGCUGCGUCCUGCUUGCGGAUCGCACGCGGUUCCAGCGCGAUGGGCGGUGGGCGACGCGCAUAGACUUUGAGAGGUUCUUCGACUUGUACGAGGGGAAGGCGCAGGGGACGCGGAUGGAGAAUGGGGCCGUGGUGGGCUGGAGACCAGAGGACUAUGUUGGCGGUGAGACGCCGGAGUGGGCGCUCUGGGGCAACGGCGGCUUUGAUCCGCGCGACCAGCGCGUGUAUAGAAAAGGCAAAGGGCCCAAGACUGAGGAUGGUGGUGGUGGGGGAGAGCAAGCAGGUAAAAAGGUAGAUGCUGCGGCUUUAGAGUUCUGAAGAGAAAUAUGUUGAAUGAAUGGGUAUUUGAGAGACUUGGUUCUCUACACCAUACAUACAUUCUUCUUGCGAGAGUUCAUUGCGUGCAGACUGCAACAAAAAAUGGCCCCAUGGGUUUGAAAAUACG